GCCGAAAUCAUCUGAUAAAGAAUAAAGGCCCAAAAGCCCAUUAAGAAUACCAAGAAAUUUUGGAAAAUCGAGAAAAAUGGUGGAAGACACAAAGACACAAAUGGCAGCAGCGAUAUCAGCGACUUUGGUAUUCGCUGCAAGACGACGUCCAUUGUUCUGUAGCUUAUCAUCAUCGUCUUCUUCGAAACCAAACACGAGAAAGCUUGUUCUAUACUCCAAACCUGGUUGUUGCCUCUGCGAUGGUCUUAAAGAGAAGCUUCACGCUGCCUUCACUCUCUCCACCGGUCCUGAUUCACUCAACGACGUUACUCUUCAGGUAAGAGAUAUAACUACGAAUCCCGAGUGGGAACGAGCGUAUCAGUAUGAGAUACCAGUGUUGGCUAAAGAGAAUUCUGAUGGGAAAGAGGAAGUUUUACCGAGGUUAUCUCCACGUUUAAGUGCAGAACUCAUUCAGAAGAAGCUACUUGCUGCCUUUAGUUGAUCAAUUACGUGCACGACAACGAAAAAAAGAGACAAAAGCGUUUGUAAGGUUGUACUCUCAUCUGCAAGAACCGUGUUUUUGCUUCAUACUUUCGUUUCUUUUUCCUUUACAAGUCAGUGGAAAUAUAGUUGCUUUAUAAACGGCGAUGCUGAUUUGCUUCUGACUAUACUUUAUCUAGUUCUAUACCCUUAAGAAAGCUAUUGCUGCAUUUUGCUUCUUUGACUAAUCCAUUAACUUGAGUGAUUUGAUAGAAAUGUCGCCGUAUUUGCGUUUUUUCCUUUUCUCUGUAUUGUCAUUGUAAGCUUUUGGUUCUGAUUGUUGCCAAUACUAUGACGUCUACUAGCCACGUAACUUGCUCAGUUUCUUUAUGUCUAGAAGAAGAAAAAGAUUUGAUGAACUUUCUUUAGAUUAUGAAAGUUGUGGUUGCGGCAAUUUGAUUAUGAGAUGUUUUUCUUACAUUAUUAGGUUAAUCAUUCUUAGUUUGAAAUCAUUUGAGGACAUCUCUAUUACUUUCACGUAACUGCAAGUUCUUCAUUAACGAAUUUGAUUUGUAUAUCUUUAAGCGUUAUCUACUCUUAGUAUAGAUUACGAUUGGUGCAAGCAACACUUCAUUAUUCUUUCCAUAACUUUCAUGACUGACCAUGACAUUUUACGCAGUGUCAUUCCCGAUAGAGGUGCUGCGAUUCAACUUGUUGGUAACACCUUACAAGUUACAACUCAGAAUUCUAUUUCUCUAAGUUUGCUCAUGUAAGCACUCAUUAUCUCGGACUAAAAUAUUUCCUAGUCGUGCAAUCAUUAUUGUCGAUCACUCGGAUCCUUUAUCGCUCUUUUCAACAUAUACAUUACUACAUUCGUACUAUCGAUUUGUGCAUAUUACGAUGUAACUUGUCGGUAACACCUCGCAACUCAGCAAUCUAUUUCUCUAUCUCAAACUGAAAGCAAGUUUGCUCAUGUAAGCACUCAUUAUCUUGGUUUAAAAUAUUUCCUAGUUGCACAAUCA